UUAUGUUUUAAUACUGGUCACAUCGAACUUUAUCGCUAUUGGUAACCGUUGUGUCAACAGAAAAAAUAUAAAUGUUUACAAAUGGCAUCUGGCGACAAAUUCAAAGUCGCGGAUUGAAUUUGUGUCAAAUAUAAUUUUAAUUAGUAUUUUAGUGUACAGUGUAGUGAUGGGUAAUUGUUGGGCUAUAUUUCGACGGCGUAGAUUACGUCGUCAUAUAGUUUUAAUACUUAUUGGGUUAGACAACGCGGGCAAAACUAAGACAGUGAACAAUUUGGCAGGAGAAAAGGAUGACAAAGUUUUACCUACAGUUGGUUUUAAAGCUGUUAAUUUAAUACACAAAGAUACACCCGUUACGAUCUACGAUUUAGGCGGCGGGCCGCAAUUUCGUCAAAUAUGGAGUCAAUAUUACAGCGAAGUGCACGGAAUCAUUUUUGUUAUCGACUCGAGUGAUUUUCAACGGCUGGACGAAUGCAAAGCGGUACUUGAAGAAGUUUUGUCACACGAUCGAAUAUCAGGUAAGCCAGUUCUGGUGCUGGCCAACAAACAGGACAAGGAUGGUGCGCUGGAUGACAUCGAUGUUGUGGAGAAAUUGAAUAUUGAACCACUUGUUAACAAGUACAGAUGUCCAACAUUAGUCGAAUCUUAUACAGCUUAUCCAACAGAAACUAAAUCUAAAAAAACAAAAAUAGAUCCCGGAUUACGUAAAGGUUACCAUUGGCUUUUAAAUUAUAUUGUACGUAGGUACGGUGAUAUUAAUUUACGUGUACAAACAGAUAUACACGCUGACUUAGAGAGACGUAAACGUUUACUAAAUAGGGCUGCUAAUCGUACAUCACAGACGUUUACAGCUGAAAGUGAUGUGGGUACACAAACAGGUUUUGAAAACCCUAAUUUCGAUCCCCAUAGAGUAGAUAGAGAGAAAGAUCUAGAAAGUGGUGUUAUAGUGGUUAAACCAAUUGGAGUUAAACCAAAUAGUUUGGAUACGACAAUCACCGUGGAAAGUGUCGAUACUGAUACGAGUGGUAAACCUAAAUUAUCGCCAUUAUUUGGACGUAGCAGUAAUAGUACGGUUAAUGAAACUGUACGGAUAGAAUUGGAACCGAGACAUGAAUUUAGAAAAUUAUCUCCGAUUGUCCGGAAGAAGAGUGCUGGAUCACAGCCUUUUGAUUUCAAGAACAGACCACAUUCCAGUCCGACGACGAAGAAAAUUAAGGCAAGUCAAAGUACAGUAUCAAAGAAUUCGUCAAUCCAAGAGGAUGAUAACAAAGAUGAUAUGGUCUUGAAAUACUCUGGGGAUAGUAAAACUUGGGACGCAGGUCUGAAACAUCGAGUUUUCGUCAAAGAUGUGGAACUGUCGCAGAUGCAUCGAGAGAUUGUCCUCACUGAGAGAGAGGGUCAAGUGAAGACCGCAUCAUCAGAGAUAUUGAGUGCGGCAACAUUACCACUGAGUGCCAGACCUGCAUCAGCUUCACAGUUAGUUCGGAGACAGCUGGAGAUAUGCGCACAACAUAAAAGACGGCUCAGUCUUAGAUAUAUGCAACGUAACAAGACAAGUCCUGAAAGAAUGACAGCGAUGGUUUACGAGCCGAAGUCUCAAAGACAUCUCGAUAAAGGAGACUUCCAGCAACCCACAGUCACUAACUAAAUAUGAUGCCAGUGUUGCAAUAAGAGAAGAAAAGUUAAUUAAAUAUGAAGUAAUAUAGUUUCACAAUAUAUUAUUUACUUUAAAAUUAUAAGAUAUUUUUUUCUAAUUCAUAUCUUUAACAGAAUAUUUUUAAAACGUUAAUCGUAUAGUAGUGAUACCAUGUUAAAAAAUGGUAAUUUUUGGUAACAUAUUUAAAAUAUGUUGCCAUGUUGAAUAAUUUGGAUUUUGGUAGUUUUUGUGACGUAAUUAAAUAAUUGAAGUCAAUGUACGUCUCUUACCAAAAUGAGGAUUUGUGAGAGGAUUUUAUUCAUAGAGAAAAAAAAAUAUGAAUGAUUAUUCAGCGACAUUUAUAUAGGUCCCAUAUAAAGUAUGUCCAUUAUUUUAUAGUCAAAUUAACAAUUCAAAUGAGAAAUUAUGAAAAUUCAUGUCAUUAGCUGAUAAUGGCAUUUAUUUGACCAUGGAUUUGGUAUCUUACGGUGAAGGAAAAUACCAUGAUGCUGCACAUAUCUGCGAAGAAAUUCAAAGAUGUGUAAAGUCAACUCGCACUAGGCCAGUGUAGGUUGAAUAUGGCCUAGUCCCCCAUAACUUAGGGUAGGCUCCGAGCCCCUCGGUGGGGAUGUAUACUGAGCUGAUGAUGAUGUACCAGUUGAUGAGUGUGUUGUUGUGAGUCGUACGUAUUUUGAUCGAUUUGAUGAUCGGACUUGAUUCUAAAAUAAAUUAAAAAUAUUUAGUAAUAAAGUGUUUUUUGUCUUUGGAAUUAUAUCUUGACAGGGUACAUGUAUAAAUAACAUAUACAAAAAUAACUAGUGAAUAUUGAUUAGUAUGAUAGAAAAUUUUUGGUCAUUUAAAUUAAUUUUUAAUUACAGUCACUUCUUGGUUAUUAAAAUAUGUUAUUGAACGAUAGAAACAUAAUGUUUACUGUAUUAUGUAUACACAAAUAAUAUUAUUUA